AUGGUGCUGGCCCACAGAGCUCUGAGGGACAAAUUCUUCAAGGACAGAGUCGUGUCUCCCACUGAUGCCGCAACCCUUUUUGGCGCCGGGGCUGGCCAGGCCCAAGGAGGAAGACAAUAUCAAGAAGAUCGAUGUACAGUGAUCGCCCCAGAGCAAUUUCCUUCCAAGACGAAGGAAAAGAUCGCAUUUUUUGCGAUUUAUGACGGACAUGGCUCAGAACUGGUCUCUGAUCAUGUUCACCAGACUCUGCACCACAUCAUCGCACAUCGUCCCGAGUUCGAACGAGAAGAUUGGGCAGGGGCCAUCAAAGCGGCGCUGGCAGAGGAAGACCAGAUGCUCCUGGAUCGGUUCAAGAAUGAAACAGCCGAACCAGCGAUAUCGGGAUCAACGGUGGCAGUAUGUUGCAUCAAUCUGACUCAGGGGGAGCUGGUGGCCUCCAAUCUGGGCGACUCGCAUGUCAUUCUGGCUGAGCGCGACCCGAAAACCGAGCACCCGUAUCACGUUAGACGUCUCACAGAGGCUCACAAGCCCGAGGUGCCCAGCGAAAAGGCGCGCAUAGAGGAAGCGGGUGGAGAAGUGAUCAAUCGCAGUGGCACUCACCGUCUAGGAUCGUUGAAUAUGUCUCGAGCGGUGGGCGACCUGCAGUACAAAAACCCCGUGAACACGUUGGCGGAGCAGUCGGUGCAGUCGGAAUCACGGGGGAACUUCCUAUCCAAUGAUCCGUAUACUUCCCGGCGGACACUCCACACGGACCGCCGAUACUUACUUUUGGUGGUAUCCGACGGAGUUACCGAUCGAGUGGAUGAUGCCAACCUGGUCAAGCACGUGAUGAAAUUGUCGAUGCGGGGGAAGCCAGCCAGUGAGAUUGCACAGGAGAUUGCCACCAAUAGUGCGAGUCGACCUCAGAGUGAUAAUGCCUCUUGUAUUGUUGCGAUGAUCGACGGACGGGAAUCAUGA